CAGAUUGCCAUCGCGAAUGUGGAUGCCAACGGUGUGAUCAACGGUACGACGACGACCUUCUGCAUUGCUGGUUAUCUUCGCUGCCAGGCUGCGUCUGACCACGCGAUCAACCACCUUGCGAUUGCGAAGGGCAUGAUCAACAUCAAGACUGGCAAGAAGCCUCGCGCGAAGAAGGUGACGAACCUGAAGGGUCCUGGCGCUCGCGGCGCAGCAAAGGGCGCUCUGCAGCAAAGGGGCGCUCGCGGCGCUCCCGGCCAGAAGGGUGCUGCCCAGCGCGGCGGCGCGCAGAGGGGCAACGCCCGCAGGCCUCAGCAGAAGCAGUCGCAGCAGCGCGGCGCCCGUCCGUCCCGGAAUGAAGACGGCGGUCGCCAGCAGCGCGGUGGCAAGCCUGCGCCCCAGGCCCGUCAGCAGCAGGGCAGGAACGCACCUCGCUCCCAAAAGGCGUAG